AUGGAGAACACUGUUUCUUCUUCUUCUGAUAGCCAGAAUUUGAAGGCUUCUUUGCGUUCAAAUUCACCCGACAAUAAUCUCUCCCUUUCUCUUCAAAAUCUUCGCUUGAAUCCAGGGGUUGAGAACGAUAGCGCUUGUGUUUAUCCGGGCAACAAUGCUCUUCGUUUGCCUUCCAAUCAAUCUUUUGCAAGAGCUAUGCUUAAUGGUUAUAGUUCUACUUCCAACGGAAACCGGUCAGGGGAGACCAUGACCACGGAUCGGACAUCAGUAGGGAGAGAUUCCUUAUUUAACAAUGAUUUCAACUUGUUCUCUGGUCUUGCUCGUCAAACUUCUCCAACUAGUUUUCAACAUGAGCCAAUCGCAGAGGGUGGAAGUAAUGUGAGCUAUGGUUUUGACAAUGGCAGACCUGCUGGGAAUCCCGGUGGUUUUUGGUUUCAACAAAGCCUAGAUCAUGCUCACUUGCCACAGAUGAACACAAUCAUUAUUGAGAAUGCCUUGACUCAGGAUGGCUCAGACAUUAUCAAGGAUCUGUUAUCUUUGAAGGAACCGAGGAUUACCAAUAAGAUCUUUGAAGGCGUCAUUGACUUCAUGUUCGAGCUGAUGAUUAACCAACAUGGACAUAAUGUCUUUGCAGAGCUAAUUAAAUUAUGUAGUGACGACCAGUUGGGUAUGAUCAUAGAAAGGAUAACUUCUCACGCCCCGCUUGGAGGUAUUAUUUCUGCAUCAAAAACUAGAACUGGUUCACGCUCGAUUAAGAAGCUCAUCGAAUUGCUCAAGAAAUCAUCUCUGAUUAUUAAAGUGAUAGCAGCUCUGAAAGAAGGAUUCUAUGAGCUGAUGAUCAGCCAAACUGGGUCAAGUGUUAUAUUGAAAUGUGUAGACCUCAUUGAUACUAGGAGUAAUGAGUUACUGUAUGUUGCAGCCAUAGAACAGAGUCUCAAGCUUGCUGUAAAUGCACGGGGAUGUAUAUCUUUAAACUACUUCAUAGACAACAUCAGAGGUCUACACAGAAUUGCCCUCUUACAUGUAAUCGCUAAGAAUUCCCUGUACCUCUCUCAGGAUCCUUCAGGGAACUAUGUUCUGCAGAAGGUCGUGGAGCUUGACAACCCUGACAUCAUCCAAGAGAUUUGUGCUCAACUAAAUGGCCACAUUGUGAAAUUAUCCAUGCAGAAAGCCGGAAGUCAUGUAGUAGAAAAGAUGUUGAACUCUAGAGGGAUGCAUCCCGUGGUCAAGGAGCUCCUCGAGAGCAAACAGCUUUUGCAAGUUGCCAAGGAUCAGUAUGGCAACUACGUGGUGCAAACAGCAUUGAAAGCCUCGAAGCUUGAAGAUGUAAUUAUCAAUUUACACGAUCUUUCUGAUGCCGCUCAUUCUCUUGCCUUUCAGCGUGCUGGUAAUUCAUUUUAUCAAGAACUGAAGACCAAACUUCAAGAACAUCUCGAUGCUCUCCAGCAUGGAUAUGGGAGGAACGUCCACAGUUGGAUCAACGCUGAUGUCCCAAUUAACUAA